GGGACGAACGUGGCCGACCGCGCCGCGGCCAAAGCCUCGCCCAGGCUGACUACCGCCCUUUUGCCAGGAGCCAACAUGGCGGCCCGGAGCCGCCUCGCACCAACCCCCGUUCGCCUGCGGAACGCAGCCCGGCGCUGGCGCAAGCAGCUUAGUGAAUAGCGCCGGCGGCGGAGCGGGCGGCGCUGCCGUGCGCCUGCGCGCUGCCGCCUCGGCUCGGCCGCCUGGCGGGGGCUGGCGGCGGGGACCCGUUAGCGCGGCAGGAAGCGCCCGGUCCCGCUGCCGCGCACCAUGUCGAAGCGCCUGAGGAGCAGUGAGGUCUGCGCCGACUGCAGCGCCCAGGAUCCUUGUUGGGCAUCUAUAAACAGGGGGAUUCUGAUCUGUGAUGAGUGCUGUAGUGUUCAUCGAAGUUUGGGGCGUCAUAUCUCUCAAGUGAGACAUCUCAAGCAUACACCAUGGCCUCCAACACUGCUGCAGAUGGUUGAAACGCUGUAUAAUAACGGUGCUAACUCCAUAUGGGAACAUUCGUUGCUGGACCCUGCCUCUGUUAUGAGUGGAAGGCGCAAAGCUAGCCCACAGGAUAAAGUGCAUCCCAAUAAAGCAGAAUUCAUUAGAGCUAAAUACCAAAUGUUAGCAUUUGUUCAUCGCUUGCCAUGCCGUGAAGAUGACAGUGUUACUGCCAAAGACCUUAGUAAGCAACUCCAUUCCAGUGUAAGGACAGGGAAUCUGGAGACGUGUUUGCGAUUGCUCUCCUUAGGAGCUCAAGCCAACUUCUUUCAUCCUGAGAAAGGAAACACCCCGCUCCAUGUUGCUGCUAAGGCAGGGCAGACUUUACAAGCAGAAUUGUUAGCCGUUUAUGGUGCUGAUCCUGGCACGCAAGAUUCCAAUGGAAAAACUCCAGUUGACUAUGCAAGACAAGGUGGGCAUCAUGAACUGGCAGAGCGCCUGGUGGAAAUUCAGUAUGAACUCACAGACAGGUUAGCUUUCUAUCUCUGCGGCAGAAAACCAGAGCAUAAAAAUGGACAGCACUUUGUUAUACCUCAGAUGGCAGACAGCAGUCUAGAUUUAUCAGAACUUGCAAAAGCAGCUAAGAAGAAGCUUCAGUCUCUAAGCAACCACUUAUUUGAAGAACUUGCCAUGGAUGUGUAUGAUGAAGUUGACAGGAGGGAAACGGAUGCAGUUUGGCUUGCUACUCAGAAUCAUAGUACGCUUGUGACAGAGACCACAGUGGUCCCUUUUCUUCCCGUAAAUCCUGAAUAUUCCUCAACCAGGAAUCAGGGAAGACAGAAGCUGGCUCGAUUUAAUGCCCAUGAAUUUGCUACGCUAGUUAUAGAUAUUUUAAGUGAUGCCAAACGAAGACAACAGGGGAAUCCUGUCACUGGUUCAAAAGAAAAUGUGGAACUGAUACUCAAAUCAAUCAGCAAUCAACAUAGUAAUGAAAGUCAGGAUAAUGACCAGCCUGAUUAUGACAGUGUUGCUUCAGAUGAAGAUACAGAUCUGGAAACAAAUGCAGCUAAAUCCAACAGACAGAAGAGCCUGGAUUCAGACUUGUCGGAUGGACCGGUGACAGCCCAAGAGUAUAUGCAAGUUAAAAAUGCUUUGGUGGCUUCUGAGGUAAAGAUUCAGCAGUUAAUGAAAGUGAACAUCAACUUGAGUGAUGAGCUGAGAAUCAUGCAGAAAAAGCUUCAAACGCUACAGAGUGAAAAUACCAACCUCAGAAGACAGGCUACAACCAAUAUAUAUCAGGUCCAAACUGGUUCUGAAUACACAGACCCUACCAACAAUUCUUCUUUAAAGCGGCGACCAUCUGCACGGGGUAGCAGACCCAUGUCCAUGUAUGAGACUGGAUCAGGUCAGAAACCCUACCUCCCCAUGGGAGAGGUCACAUACCCAGAAGAAAGCAUAACAAGACUGCAGCCUUUCCCUCCACAUAUCGGGAGGAGUGCGUUUGUGACCUCCUCUUCAUCUCUACCUUCCUUCCCCUCCACGCUUUCCUGGUCAAGGGAUGAAAGCACACGAAGGGCCUCGAAGCUGGAGAAGCAGAGCAGCGUGUCCGAGAGCGACUACGAUAACCCCACCACCCCUCUGGAGCUGGAGGAGACGGGGUCAGGCAGGAAGGGCCGGCAGAGGAGCGUCAUUUGGCAGGGGGAAGGAUCCAUCCCUGAAGACGCUGACGCAGCCCCCAGCUCCAGUUUGCCCAGUACAGAAGAUGUGAUUCGGAAAACUGAGCAGAUCACUAAGAAUAUUCAGGAGCUGCUGCGAGCAGCGCAAGAGAACAAGCAUGACAGCUAUAUACCAUGCUCCGAGAGAAUACAUGUGGCAGUAACAGAAAUGGCAGCCUUGUUCCCAAAAAAACCCAAAUCUGAACUGGUAAGGACUUCUUUGCGUCUGCUGACAUCUAGUGCCUACAGACUCCAAUCCGAGUGCAAAAAAACCCUUCCCGUGGAGACGUGCCCUACGACGGACAUCCAGCUGGUCACGCAGCAAGUUAUCCAGUGCGCCUACGACAUCGCCAAGGCUGCUAAACAGCUGGUUACCAUCACAACCAAAGAGAACAACAACUGAGUCACACUUGGCUUUUUAGUCUUGUUUUUUAAAGGUUGGAUUUCAAAUAUAGGUGUGGAACUAUUCAAAUUUUUAUGAGAAAAACUAAAGGGGCAAGAAACUUUUUUUUAAAACUCAGUAUUAUUUUUGCAUGUUUUCUAACAAUUUUAUGAUUAAUUUAACCCGCUGCCUUAUUUUUGUGCCUGUGUUGCCAGUCUAGUUACAGAUAAUAGCAUGUUGCAAAUAGCUGUUGAGCCAGUAUCACGUACCAGCGUUAUAUCAAGCUCUUGCUAGAUGUUUCCUUGGGGCCACGUUCUGCUUUCAGGUAUUGCUUGCAAAACUCCCACUGAAGUCAGCUGCAUGUAUCAGAGGGCAGAAUCUCGCCUCUGGUCUGUCCGUCCUGGAGCCUGACGUGCCGUGAUGCUGCUGGCUGAGAAACCUGCAGCGAAACAGGUCUCUGAAGGCUCCAGGAUCGGAACUGCUAACCAGCAGGAAGAAGGUUGUAGUCCUGAUAAUGGAGUACAAGCCGAAUAUUAUCUGUUCCCAUAUCAACUGUUGUGCAAUAAUAUGUUUUUAGUCUGCUAAAACAAUAGUAGUUGUGGGCAUCCGAGCUUAUUACAUGUAACUAUACGAGGUCACUUUAUCUGUUUUGGAAGGAAUUUGAAACUUAAUAGUUAUUUCUUUUAGUUGUCACUAUGCCAUUAAUAUAUAUGUUUGAUGUUACUUUAGGGCAUUAGUGGUUAAAAUAUUAUCCUUUAUUUCUGAUUUAAUAAUUAAUUCUUAAGUUUCCUACAGAGUUUUACUGUCAUCUUCAAGGCACCGUCUUGUUUGCAGCAGCAUUGCUCAGUAACUCAAGAUGCGAUUUCACUAAAGAUUUCUGUGAUAAUUAAAAAAAAAAACAAGAAAGGAAGUUAGAAGAGUGCCAGUGCAAAAGCAGCUGUGUCUGCCAUAGCAUAUAACCUCUGUACCUCAACAUAUCCAAAUGUGAAAAGAUUUCUUAUAUCUAGUAAGUUUUAUGCAAAUCUUUCAAAAUUUUACAAGCUACGUAUGGAGUAACCCACGCUAGGCUGCCUGUCAGAAAGGUAGACGGGUAACAAAUGUCAAUGUGUUUCACGUUUCUUCAUUCGUAAGAGUUCACACAACUUCCAAAAACGUGUCAGUCUGUAACUUCAAAAUUGAGAGGUUUUUGAGCCUAAAUUCCAUGAGGCGGGGGGGGAAGUUACUAAUUUUUGCCUCCGCCUGUGUCCCAUUUGGAAGCGUGUUGUCAUUUUCAAGGAGCCGGCCGCAGCGGUUCAGCUGGCGGCCGCUUAAAGCGGUCUUGUAGUUAAGAGCGCAGUUACGGACCUGCAGCGGCUGUCACGUGGCAGCAGCUGAAGCGAACGUUUAGACAGUUUUCACAGAAACCUUUGAGUCAGAAACGGCUACCUAUCUGCCGUUCCACUAACAGGUCUGCAGUGUGCGGUCUGCCAAAACCACAAACUCUUCAAGGCUUUUGGGUGAAAAACUGCCAUGUUUAGGUGAACAAACAAGUUAAAGUUCAGUGGUUGGUUCCUUUUCAAAUCAUACUGUGUUUGUAUGUAUAUAUAAACACUAAGUGCCAUAACACUGUUGGAUUCUUGUAUGUUGUAAUUGGCUCCCUUUAUAAAGUAGUGCAAGUUUGAGGGAGGGAAGGAAUGGAGAGAGUAGAUGACAACCCAGUAAAUUAAUGUUCUUCAUUGUGGGGGUUUUUAUUUCCUUUCUGCACUUCUGAAUUCCAGAACUGUCUCUAAAUUCACGGGAAUGCAGACAGGCUGGGAUUAGAACUGCAGAAGACAUUUGUAAAACCUACUUCAAAGUUCUGCUACUGGCAAUUAAAUACAUGGAUAAUCUUCUAGGAACUCUUCCUUAAAUUGGCAUCAUUGAAAGGCAGCGGAUGGUAUUUUUAAAUCUCUCAGGACACCAUUGUAUGCUUUUCUUUAACAUAUCUUACCUGAUUUGCAAAGCAGGGUAAUGCUGAGUUACGUUGUAAGUUAUCAGUUGUUUAAACUCGCCUCUGUACCAAAACAAAUGGACACUUUGAUAACUGCAAGCCCUUGUUCCAGCUACGCUAGCUCCAGAUUUUCUAAAAGCACCUAUUUAGCUUGUUGGAAGGCCUAGCUAUGAAAACAUGGCCAAUCUGUAAUUGAUUUCCCGUUCUGUCACUUAAACAGCAUUUCUGGUCAAUUCCCCUGUUUCCAAACAAAUGUUUGUUCUAGGUUGGUUGUGGUCACACACUGUGUCAUCACUCCAGAACCACAGUGACUGCGCUGCGAGAAUGUCAGAAAAUUGCCUAUCUUUCUCGGUAAAACAGAAGCGGUCUGAGCACAUGCUGAUGUGCUGCGUCAGCUCUGUUCACAAACAGGGCUGAGUGGUUCAAAACCAACAGUGGAACUAAAGAGUAGUAAGUGGAUUAGCCCUCAAAUCAUACAGCGCUGCGGGUCAGAAGAUUUAUAAUACCUGAAAUAACAAAGGUGGUUUUUUCUUUUAUGACUAGAUCUCCUCUUUUUCCCCUGUAAAACAAACUUGCUCUUUCUUUACAAAAUGCUGCAUAGGAAAGUAAAAAUUUUUUUGCCUUUUUUCCAAAACUUGUAUUUAUCAGUGUCAGUCUGUCUGUACAAUAUUUUGACUUAAUCUUUUGUUUACAGUAUUACUAUAAAAUGCUAAAACCCUU